UCUGACUGAAGCUUUGGCGGCGAGAGGAACGAAGCCCCGUUCCCUCCCAAUGUUCAGAUCUCGCCCAGUCUCGCGGGAGAUUCGGCGUUUCCAUGAAGUGAGAUCCUCGUAGUCCAUUCCAUCAGUCUCAGAGUCCGAUUCCUGGCCCACUGCCGAUGAAAAUUCUCCUUUGGUAGGCCAAUCACCUCUGAAUUCUUGUGCAUCCCGCUCGCUCGUCGAUUUCUCUGCUCGUGGUCGAAGCUCAGUGAGAUUUGAUGUUCGUUUCCAAGCGAUUCACUCCGCGAUCCGAUACCCAUCGUUUCUUCGAUCCCCAUCAAGGCCUAGAUUAAAGUAGCCACCAGAAUUACUUUGGAGCUCAGCCUCGAUCUCUUCUUCUGGGAGUCUUGGCUUCUUAGAGUCGAGCCCGGAUUGAGCUUCCAUGCCUCCCCGGGGUAGGCCUGUUUCCAAAGGACGGCCCUCUCCAUCGGCCCCAAGCGGAUCCCACAUUGUUGUUUUAGGAAACUGCCGUUUGGACGUGCCGGAUGCCUUGGGUUACGAGCUUACGCAUGAAGGAUUCAGCACCGAAAUUCAGGAUGUCGGAACGCUGAGGGUUUACGAAGCUGUCACACGCAUAAUAUCCCCACCGAUCGGACUAUCUUUCUCGUUGCUGAAUCCCAAGAAUGUCGAUGGCCCGGGAAAGCUUCUUCUGCAGGACACUUUGCACCUGUAUAACGUGGAACUUCCCGCCAUGAGCUUCGCUGCUAACACCGGGAAGGAAUCCCCUUUCCUCGAAAGUUGUGUAAUGGACGGUAAAUACUGUACUCUUCUCAUGAGGAACCAUGAACCUGGGAGCGUUGAAACCGAGCUCAUUGGAGCAGUGACUUUUCAAAUCCUCCCUCCAAAUUGUCAAGAAGCCGAGAUUCCUCUCGCUGCUAUUCGCCACGCGCACCAGAGAAAGGGUUAUGGGACUCUUAUAUACAAAGAGCUCCGGAGACGACUGAUGGAUGUCGGAGUGACCUCUGUUUUUUGCUGGGGUGACGCCGAAUCAGAGACAUUUUGGGCCAAACAAGGAUUUGUCAAAGUAGCCGAAGUAGAUGGCCGCGGGAAACCUAGGAAACUCCCCAUCAAAGGAGAUUUGAAGAAGGCGAUGAGCAUUCCAGGAAGCGCCGCUCUCAUGGUCUCGAAUUUGGACUGCGGCCUCUUUCAAUCAACAGUUUCUGUACCUCCUGAGCAAUUGAAGGCGAAAAGUUCUACACCCAAUCAAGCAGUGGAGAAGAUAUUCUCGGAUACUCCUUCUCGUACUCACAACUCGGCGAACAGCUUUCAGCUAUCGAACAUCACGUCUCCAACGAUGAUGGUAACUACUCCAGAGUUCGCAGGGGAGGCAAAAUCAAGCCAUGUCAACACCCCUCCGCAGACAGAGAGCGAAUCUCCAGAACUUUCGACUGGAGUUCCCCAUAAGAGCAGUGUGUCCAUCACUCCACUCAACAUGGAUGGAAGGCUCUUCAGCCUGGCUCAUAACCCUGCGACUGCCCCUGAAGUAGCUGAACCCGCUGUCAAUUCUCUUCAAAUCGUGCCUUUUGCUGCUGUGCCUGACUCGGAAUCUAUGGAACCGAAUGACAAUCCUGCUUAUGGUCUCUCAAUGACCGAUUUUACUAAAGACUUGCCUGCAACGAAGAGUCCUGGGCUAAUCAACAAACGUACCUAUAUCAGACGCAUGCAUAACGCUGCGAGGUCUUCUGGAAAUGCAUCGCCUUCCAGGCCCAGUGGGAAGGAAAAUAUUUCGGAGGUCAAGCUGGUCGUAGAUUUGGAAGGACCUGGAAAGGAAGGAGGUAAAUUGAAGUCUUUUCUUGGACCCAGAGCUAAGGUUGGCCAAAGGAAAGCUACUGCACCUAAAGGAAAGAGUGCUUCUGCUGGAGACGUCACUCCUCAUGAUGUCAAGCAGGAUGGAGCUGGAUUGUCCCCUCUAUCUGCAAUUACAGGGCCCAAGGCAACUUCUAGUCUCGACCCUGCAAGCGGUUCAGAGGUUCUCGGAGCGCCAGUCCAGACGAGCGCGAACAACAUUGCCAUUGGUCACGAAAGCGCCCCAGGAUCAGAACCCCCGAAUAAAUCUACUCCCUCAGAAGACGAGACUGGAAAGCGGGUAAGGUCGGCCAGAUGCAACAUCGAUCAGUCUGAGAAGCAGUCCGGCGAAGAAUCGAAGAAGGAUGAUGACGAAGAUUAUUCACCAAGUGGCCCAUCCCGACAGAAAAUCGGUGUCAAGCGGGGAAGACCACCCAAAGUACCGGCCAGCGGAGGGGCGAAGAAGGUUCGAGGAGCAAUCAUCAACGACCAAGCGGGUCUCCCAGGGUCUGGCGCAACAGAAUCCGAGAAGGCGCAAGCUGGGUCUGUCAAGCGUGGUAGACCACCGAAAUUGCCUGCAGCUGGAGCAAAGAAGAAGGGCACCAAUCCUACAAAUGUUCGCAAGGUUGCAACAACACCUGCACUGAAAACUGGAUCCGAAGAAUGUGGCCAAGGUGUGACGAGUGAUGAAAAGACGCGUCCAAAGCGUGGUAGACCAGCUGCAGUAAUUCGCACCGCAACGAAGCGUAGGAAGGGAGACUCAGCAGGUGGUAAGGACUUAGACCGCGGCCCUGGACGCGAAGAGGCAGAUGGAGAUGAAGUGGUUGCAAAUGUGGAUGGGGUCAAGGACGGUGAUGACGGGCUUGCAGAUAUGCUGAACAUACUAUUACCUGUUCAGGAAAGUGCAGAUAGAGGUGUAAGUGUGCGGGGGUGCAAAGAUGCGAAUGAGGACAUAUCUGGGUCGAGUGCUUUGGGUAGCUCUCUGAAAAUUCAGGUACCAGUCACUUCUCGUGCUGAUGUGAUUGAGUUGAACCAUGGGCUGGACGGAACUGAAGCCCUUCCAGGAAAUAAUCAUCAACAAAAAAAGUCGCUGGGCUCUGAAGGUCGCACAAACAUGCAGGUUGCAAGUGUCAAUGGCUGCACUGUAUCUGCGGCCGAAGUGCCUGACUCUGAGAGUACAGAGGCAGCUGAAGAAGACCAGGAGUUAGAGAAGCAGAAAUAUGUCGUAAUGCUUAUGAACAUGUCUGACGACAGCAAAAAGAAACAGCUUAUCAAGCACGUGGAGAAAUUAGGAGGUCUGGUGACAUGUGAAGGCAGCAAAUGCACACACGUAGUGACUAUGGAAGUGCGCAGAACUCUGAACUUCUGCGUAGCUAUAUCUUCUGGAGCUUGGAUUCUAUCGCCGGAUUGGUUGAAAGUGAGUGUGAAGCAGAAAAGAUUCGUAGAUGAGGAACCUUACAUCCUCAGUGAUAAGAAGUUUGAGGCGAAAUACAAUACAACAUUACGAGAUGUCAUUCCCAAAGCUAAGCAGAUGCCAAACCUUUUGCUGGAUGGGCUUUAUAUAUAUCCAUCCCCGAAUGUACACCCUCCAGUCGAUACGAUUUCCGAUAUUAUCAAGGCCGCUGGCGGACAAGUUCUCGCAACUUUCGAGGAAGCGCUUAAGCUGGAGAAGAAGUCGCUUGGCAUAGUCAUAGCUUCCGAAGAAGAUACGGAGAAAGCUAUGGCUGCUGCAAAAGAAGGAAUCUGUACAUACAACUCAGAUUGGUUACUGACGUGCAUUGUAAAGCAGGACCUAGAUUUUAGUGUUGCGCAGUUCACCGAAUCUCUGUAGAUGUACAGUUGACUGCAAAUUUUGAUAUGUUGAGACCUAGCCAGCCGAAAUUGUAAAUUUAAAUUUUGACCUUUAGUACAAGAAGAGAACUCUGACAACGUAGAGGUUUGACGUCUGAGGAGGUGAAAUCAUCAUAGCCUAAAUAUCUGUCCAUUUUGGACUCUCUGCGUUGGUCUUCAAUUCAGAGAAUUGAAGACCAACGCAGUCAACGCAUUCAAUUAAAGCAUUCCUUGCCGACCAAAUACCUUAAAAGUUCUGUUCCAUAUCACAAGUCAAAACAUAUCAAAUAGGUCCCCUCAGGGUUUGUAUCCAGAUUCAGCCAAAGAUUGGCUGAACGAAGGUGUAAAACUCCACAGUGGGGCAAAAAGUGUUGUCCUCGUCUGAAACCUAGUCUUUCUGACGCCGUCGCUUGAUGUACAAACUUCAGUAAUAAAAUGACUCCUCG